GCGGCGGCGGCGGCAGGAAGAGAAGGAGGAGGCGACGGCGCCUGCAGUCUUGCGGCGGACGGUGCGGAGCGGCAGCGGGGGCACCUGUGCCCAGCGGCUCCGCGCAGGUGGCCGGCCGCAGCCCCCAGCCUCACCCUGCAUGAGCGCCGGAGCGCAGCCGCCGCCGGCUCUGCCCGUGCCCCGAGUGCGGAGAAGUUACUGCCUGCCUGCCAUUUUGGUGCAGCCCUCGCGUUUGGUCGAGGGUGAGUGAGUACGGCCGGAGGCGCGGCCGUCGUCCCCGUCGGGUUAGGAUAUUCCUCAGAGUAUACAAUGGGAAGAAAACUGGAUCUCUCUGGCUUGACUGAUGAAGAAGCAGAGCAUGUGCUCCAGGUGGUUCAGCGAGAUUUCAGCCUUCGUAAGAAAGAAGAAGAAAGGCUGAGUGAAAUGAAGCAGAAGUUGGAUGAAGAGGGUAACAAGUGCAGCAUCCUUUCCAAGCAGGAGAAGUUCAACGAGCACUGCUGUAUUCGCUGCUGUUCCCCCUUCACGUUUCUUAUCAACAGCAAGAGACAGUGCCAAGACUGCAAGUACAACAUCUGCAAGAGCUGCAGUUCUUACCAGAAGAAAGAGAAGGCUUGGAUUUGCAGUGUCUGCCAGCAAGCAAGGCUCCUGAGGGCUCAGUCUCUGGAUUGGUACUAUAACAAUGUCAAAAGCCGCUUUAAGUGUUUUGGAAGUGCCAAAGUGCUGAAGAACUUGUACAAGAAGCAUAUACUGGAGAGUGGAGUUUGUCCUGAUGUAAUAGAAGGAGGUUUUUUUGAAGGAAGCUUUGAAAAUGAGGGAAGCAUUUGUGGCAGUGACUCUACAUUCUACCAACAGACAGAAGGACACAGCAUGAUGGAUACCCUUGCUGUGGCCUUACGUGUUGCAGAGGAAGCAGUGGAAGAUGCUAUUUCUAAAGCAGAGACCUACAGUGACAGCCUGGACAAGCAGAAUGAGGCUUGCUACUUGCAGGAACACAAGGAGGACCUCAUAGAGGAGCUGGCCACAACCAUUGUGCAGAAGAUAAUAAAGAAGCAGAAAAGCAAAGCUGAGCAGGCAGAGGCUGACUUGGAAUGGCCACCAUCCAGGAGCAGUGGCCUGGCAUCUGUUGCUGUCUCAGAUCAGAGUAUGCUGACUUUUCCAGGGAGCCGCAGAGGCUCCUACACAUUAUGGAGGUCUCAGUCUGCGUUUUCCCUGGCUAGUGAAGAUGUGUCCAGCAAAGGACUAGACCCUGCAUUGUCUGUGACUGAGGCUCUUUGGAGGCAGCAGAAAGGACAAUUCAGGAAACAGAAGGAACACAAGCUCUCUGCAUUACCCAGCUGGAAAAGUGUGGACAGGCUAAAUGAAACAAACCCACCUUCUGUUUUUCAAAGCACCGAUGGCAACUGGGUAGCUCUGCAGAACGUGGCUUUGCCUCGCCCUCGCAUGCUGGCCAAACCAAAGAGCCAGGUGUUUGAAGCUUUGGAGAAUGAGUCCAGCAUCGUGUCUGCUUACGACGAGAUGGGCUCAGACAGUGAGGACGACUACGACUGGAAUGUGGCUUUGAACAAGCUGCGUCGGAGACCUCGGCACUUACCAGGAGAUUUCUAUUAUGCCGGUUCCCAGCAUGGUUCUGAAUGGGUUUAUGGCAGUGAUCAGUACCAAGCAGUGACCUCCCCUUCCUCUGGGCUGUACACCAAUACUGAGACACUGUGCUCCGAUUCGGAGACGUCGUCGGUAAACUCUUCCCAGGAAGCUAAAGGACCUAGCAAACUUCUCUGGUUACAAAGCAGAACUCAAAGUGAUGUGCCCAGAAUGGAAAAAAACCAUUUCCAUGGAGAGCUGGAUGUAAAUUUCAAUCCACAGGCAACCACCUUGGAGUAUUCGGACAGCAGCGAGACUGAAGAAGUUCAUUAUGAUUUGGAAAAGAGAUCCAGAAGGUGGAGGAAGAACAAAACAUUCUCUGAAGAGUUAUGCGAAGAAGAAAAUCCCCCAAAAGCCAACAAGAUGAAUUUAAGUCAGGAUUUUGAUGAUCUAUCAGAAACAGACAGAAGCAGUGAGGAUCAGCAUCAUGGUAUCGAGCCUGAUCUUAUGGACGAGGAGCUGAAAUCCAGGUUGUUUCAGCUCGCUGCAAAAAUGAGUGACAAGGAAACAUCUUCUGGUGAAGAUCAAGAGUCAGAACCUAGAACAGACCCUGAAAGCCAGAAGGAGAAUUUAUCCUCAGAGGAAAAUGGCAGAAGUAUUCAGGAAGAGUUAAAGAAGAAGUACUCUGCUGUCUCUCUCUGCAACAUAUCUACAGAAGUCCUAAAAGUCAUCAAUGCCACUGAAGAACUGAUAGCAGAAUCCACCGGUCCCUGCGAUUUCCCAGCUGACGCUCAGGACAGGGGAAGAGGGACCUUCCCUCUGGGGACAGACCCCGUGAGACUUGAUGAGCAGCUCACCACGCUGGAAGAGAAUGUGUACCUGACAGCCAGCACGGUGUACGGCCUGGAGGGGCAGCUCAGCAGCCUGGAGGACGCCGCGCGCAAGAUCACCAGCGUCACUGCCGAGUCCGAGCUGGCCGAGCUGGAGGAUCAAGUGGCCACGGCGGCCGCCCAGGUUCAUCAUGCAGAGCUGCAGAUUUCAGAUAUUGAGAGCAGAAUAUCAGCUCUCACUGUUGCAGGCUUGAACGUGGCUCCAUGUGUUCGCCUGACAAGGAAACGGGAUCAAAAGCAAACAAACCAGAUGCAUACCAUAGACACAUCAAGACAGCAGAGGAGAAAACUUCCAGCUCCACCAGUAAAAGGUGAAAAAAUAGAUGGUUCUCCAAUUACCACAGUCAGAACCUUUAACAGAAACUUCAUGCUUCAAGGAUCCCUGACACAAAGGACUAAAGAGAGGAAAAGCACUGCCAAGGACUUAAUGGAACCUGCUAUAGGAUCUGCUGUGAUGUACUAAACUUACCCCUCCCUACUGCCAAUAACACACUGCCUAAGGCUGUACACAAGAGUGCCUUUACUUAACAGCCAUUGCAUAUGUCCACCUGAAAAUGGACCCUCAAGAACCCACAAUGCCUCAGUUACAGGGCUUCGUUUGGAUACCUCACUGAGAAAGCUGUCCAAGUCUUCAGCAUUGUGGUCUGCUAAAGGAAACUCUGCCUUAAAGUUCUCACAAGACUCUAGAAAGGAUGCUGAGUUUCAAAAAGCAAGGCUCCGACGUUUUAAGAUGCACUUUUACCCCCUAAUGAUUGUACUGAAGUAUGUCGUCCUCAAACCACAGAUCUGUUUUUGUACACAGUCAGCCGUAGCCAUAGGCCAAUGUUUUUGUACAAAAAGAAAGAGCAAAGCAGACCUGUGAUCCACGUUUGCUGGCCUCUCGCUGUUCAUGUAGGCAUCUGAGCAAUAAGAACAAGGCUGUGUGUGGCGUGUGCCGCUUUCCAGCUGCGUAGUGGGAGCGGGCAGUCGGCGUCCCCAGCUCCCAGGGAGCCAGGGCACCUGUGUAGGGAUGCAAUGUUCCCUGAGGGUAAUGCUGGGCAGUUAGUGCUCUGGCCCCAGAGCUAAGUAUGUGUCUCUUGAUGGCAGGGGGAACGUGGAUGUCACGUUGAGCUGUGAGUUGGUGGCAGCACACGUGGAUGUCCCUGUCUGUCGGUGUCUGGAUACGUGCGAACGCUGCUGUGAAACCCACACCUCUGUCUGUCUUGUUCUCCUCAGUGGCAUUGUCUGCUUGGUGGUGUCCAACCACGCUGCAGCUCACCGUCAAUUCUGAGCAAAUCUUUAAGGCUGGAGGAAAAAAAGGGUUAAAAAAAUAAGUAAAAGCAUUGUGGAUGAGAUCUCUGCUGGCUGUAGGGUGGCUGCAGCCUGCAAGAGAUUCCCUUCUGCCAUUUCCUGGCUUCUCUAAGGAAGGGGCAGAUGUAGCCUCUUUCUUUACUGGUCUCUAGCCAACAUAGAGCAGCUGGUGCCACGUGCACCCCACUCCUAUGGGACCACUCUGAAUUGGAUUGUGUUAUAGUAAAAUUCCUUCUUCCAUUUCUUGAGACGUUCAAAAAGUGAGACAAGAUGCAAGGCCCUUGAGCAGGUGGAGGGAAGAUGCUGCUUACAGGGUGUCCCUCUCACUCUUUGGAGGAGGACUGUGCCAAUUUGUGGUAUGUUUUGCUCUGAAGAAUACAAAGGAGGUAGUUAGAGGAGGUGAUAAGCCAGUGAAUCCCUUAUCUUCAUGUAGAAUGCAGAGCAGGCACCCACAGACUGGGUUGUGUGGCACAUGCAGGGAAGGAGGGCACGGGCUGGCAGGUUCCCCCUCAGCGUUAAGGGCUGCCCUCCCCAAGAGCAGUGGGUACCAGGGAAGGAAGGAGAGCUGCUCCUUUCCCUGUGCUCCCAGCCAACACCCACUAGCAGAGCGAUGCACGUUUCCUGCCCAUGGUACGAGACACCAGGCCCUGAAAUGUCUGUAGCUGGGCAAAUCUGAGAAAAUCCUGGCAAAUGUCCUGGCUAGGCUGGAUGUAGGGGGGCAGCUGGGGAAGCUGAGAAAUGGCUGGUUGGGACUGUUGGAAAAACAGUGCCAGCUGCAAACCUGCCACCCACAUUUGACAUCUAGCUUGUCAGUGCUCUGAUGUCCGGCUGCAUGUAAGGAACCCUCGGAAUAAACACAACCAUCUUCCCACCUAGAAUCCGUGUGUGUCACUCCAUCCCUUCAAGGGAUUCUCAUCUGCCCAAGACUUGACCCAGUGUGUUCAUUCUCGGUGAAAUUAUGCCUUUUUUUACUUUCAUGUGUUACUAGCUCUCUGAAAUUGGUUUGCACAGAUGGGAGGGCAGAAUCUGACCCACUCUGCUUAAUAUCUAAAUAUAUAUAUAUAUAAAACAAAUACAUUUUAUUUAGAUAUGCAAUCCAGUAACAGAGAUUAAACAGAGUGGGAUGCCUUGUACCUUUUUUGUUACCCAGUCUCCUCCUCCUUCCUGACUGUUCUCGUGUACGUAUCCGAUACAUUCCCAGGUUCUGGUUUAUGCAGGUACACGUGUUACGAAACAUCAUCAAUGGUGGUUGGUCCCUUACAUACUCGUCUAAUGAAUACUAACUAAUAUUGUGUAUGUACUUAUCCAUACAGAAAUGACUCAUUUUAAUAGACUAACUCUUUGGCUUUUUGUUCUGUUUGUGUGAUUUAAACAAGCCAACAAAGUUUGGAAUAGGUUGUUUUCCUUAAGAGGCAUGAAAAGCAGCUAUUAUCGUGUUUAAACAAUGUUCAGAUAUUCAAGUCUUUCUUUGACAGAAACAACAAAUGUGUGCUGUGUAGGCAUUGCAAAAAAAAAAAGGAGAAAAUCCAAAAAAAAAAAAGAUCCCUCCUGCUAUCUAAAGCAUCUGGAUUUUUACCAAUGUUUAUUGUGCCAAAUGUGUGCGAGGAUAUCAUUCACUGUUCUAAAGGAAUCGUAAAGGCGUGUGUUACAGCACACAGAGGAUUAUUUUGUCAUCGAGUGAUUUCAAGCUCUAGUGUUAAAUAUUUAUAUUUAGAAUGAAUUUUUAUAAAUGAAAAUAUUUUAAUGGGUGAAAUGAAAGACGACACGAUCUGUUUGGUUAAGUCUGAGUGGAUGUUAAGCUUGCGUUGUCGUUGUUAUCUGCGUACUCGCCGAGAACCGUUGUCAAGAGAAACUACAAAAGAGUAAAAGCGAUUUAUCAAAAGAA